AUGUCAUCAGUAUGGAAUUUGUUAAACCCUGUCCGUAACGGUGGUUAAACCUUAAAAUUAUUAGAUUCUGGUCGUGAAUUUUUCGGAACAGUAAUUAAACAUGGAAUAAAUGAUAAAACUGUCACAGUAAGAGUAGACCAUAAAUUUUGGGUACCUAAAUACAAAGAAUAUUAAUCUUCUUAAAAAAAAUAUUAAGUCCAUGAUGAGGAGAACUUUUGUGUAAUCGGCGAUAAAGUUGUAAUUCGUUCAUGUAUGCCUUUAUCCCCUACAAAGCAUUAUUUUGUGCGAAAUAUUGUAAAACCAUUUUCUAGAGACGAAUUUAAACCUUAAAAGGAUUAAAAGAAAGAAUUAGAUGAAAAUGUGAAAUAGGAAUAUGAAAAAGUAUAUAAGGAAUUAUUGGAAGGGGAAAGAAUUAGACUUUCAACUAAAAAAAGAAAGGAAGAAUUAAUUAUUAAAGCUUAAUUAAAAGCUAGAGCAUUAUAAAAAGCAAUUGCGAUUAAAAAGUCUUUUCACCUAGAAAAGAAUAUUUGA